AAUAAAGAGGUACUGCAUUUCUUGUGUUUGACACCUGUAGGAAGGGAACGGCUGUAGCUACAGGCUAAGGCUCGAGCUUUUUUCUAAAGGGGUGUGUGCGUGUGAGUGGGUACACGCUUUUGAAACCACACACACAUAUUGUGUAAAUAUAUGCUGAUUGGAAAUAACCUUUUUUUCCUGUUUUAUUUUAGGGAUAACGACUCCUCUCUCACCUAAGUUGAAUAAGCCCCUUGUGCACUUUAAUCUCCCGUCGUGCCAUCAGGCUGACUGAAGACAGUGUUUUGAAAUCUCAGCCGUAAAGACAUCCCGCCAAAGUCUCGAUCUUGCCUUAACCAUGUUCCAGAGACUGAAUAAAAUGUUUGUGGGUGAAGUCAACACUUCUCCCAACCAAGAACCAGAAUUUAGUGAGAAAGAAGAUGAUGAAUGGAUUCUUGUUGACUUCAUAGACGCUUGCGCUGGUCUCUCAGCAGCAGAAGCCAAAGCCGAAGCCAUCAGUGAAGAGUCACGUACUGAGCACCCUCCAGUCUUUUCCUGUUUACCUGCAUCUCUCGAGUGCUUGGCUGAUUCAAGUGAUUCCUGCUUGCUCCAGUUUGAGUCCUGUCCGAUGGAGGAGAGCUGGUUUAUCACCCCUCCCCCAUGUUUUACUGCAGGUGGAUUAACCACUCUCAAGGUGGAAACCAGUCCUAUGGAAAACCUUCUCAUUGAACACCCCAGUAUGUCUGUCUAUGCCGUGCAUAGCUCUUGCCCUGGUAUCAGUGAGGCCAGCUGUGGGACUGAGGAAUGUCCUGACCCAAGUAGCCCCAGGGUGGAGACUCAAGAUGAAAUGGGGCAGCACAUCCAUUGCUAUGUUGCAGCUCUUGCAGCUCAUACAGCUUUUCUAGAACAACCCAAGAGCUUUCGCCCUUCCCAGUGGAUAAAAGAACAUAGUGAAAGACAGUCUUUGAACAGAAAUAGCCUUCGUCGCCAAAAUCUUACCAGGGAUUGCCACUCUAGGCAAGUCAAGCACAAUGGCUGGGCUGUCCAUCAGCCCUGCCCCCGUCAGUACAAUUACUAAGAAUUUCAAGAUUGGUUGGAUUCUCUUGGUUUGUGCAUAUGUGUGUGAACGUGUGUGGACGGACAAUGAAGAUGCUGUUUCUUUACAGCCAACUGAUGACCAAUCACAUAGUUUUAUCGAUGUGUUUAGACACUAUCUUGAAAACCAGAUUUACAUGCUGUGUAUCACAUAAUGCCUUGCUUUUAACAUUUACGUUUUUGUAAAUUUUUUCAGAGUAUUUUUGGAAACAUACCAAUACAGUUACAGUGUUUGGUGUUUGGGGAUGUCUUUAAAUCUAUUAAGGUGUACAUGAGUUAGCAUUCUAAAGACAUUUCUUCCCAAGUAUGAGAAUAGGCAUCUUUCAAUUUCAUUUUAUUUUGUAUUACUUAAUCAAUAUUUUGAGUAAGCAAAAAUUUAUUCUCAGGGUCAGCCAUACACUUUAUUGACCAGUACUUGAUAAUCUUUU